AUGACUGCAAAACAACUUGCCUCGUCAGGGCUCUCGUUGCCGAACGAUACAUACAUCUACUCUUUGGCUCGCACGACAACAUUGUGUGCUGCCAUCUCGUCUGAUGAUUCACUCCGCUAUUUUGACCCUACCAACCUCUCGCUUGUGCAUACGGUAGCCAAGGCACACCAGGGCAUCACAUGUCUAAAAGCCACCUCCGAUGGCAAAGUAUUGGUGACAGCGGGUAGAGAUGGUACAGUCAGAUGUUGGGACGAGAGGGCAAACUCUGCUGGAGUGCAGAUGACUGAUCCUCGCGGAGCUGGUAUCUCUGCGUUGGCGUGCCGUGACACGUUCAUUGCUGCUGGCACUGAGAGCACCAAGGAAGGGCUGGGCGACGUCAGUGUGCUUUUGUGGGACACAAGAAACACUUCCAAGCCAUUGCAAGCAUAUACCGAGAGUCACACCGACACAGUCACUCAAGUCGCUUUUCACCCGACACAACAAAACACCUUGCUUUCUGGAUCUACCGAUGGCCUGGUAUCGAUCUUCGAUACAACAAUCUCGGAUGAGGACGAUGCCCUGGUUCAGGUGCUGAACCAUUACGGAGCCGUGCACUGUGCUGGCUUCCUGAACGCCGAAGAAGUCUAUGCUGUCAGCACGGAUGAGCAGCUCUCAGUAUACACAUUGAGCAAGCCCACUGAUGCUGAAGAUGCCACUCUGCCAGUCACUGCAUUUGGUGAUGUCAGAGAACAGUUGAAGAGCAGCUACGUUAUCGACGUUUUCCCAAACUCGCCUUCUGCUUAUAUUGCUACUGGAGACACAGCUUCUUCUCGCCUUACUCUGGUACCACUGAAUCCUAGCUGGUCUUUCGACAUGGCUGGCACGAUGGACUUCCCUGGAGCCCAUGGAGAUGAGAUCGUCCGCGACUUCCUCAUCGAUAACCACCGAGUCAUUACUUGCGGAGAAGAUGGUCAAGUCCGUCUAUGGGCACAAGAAGCACAACCCUCAUCUGCUUCGGCAGACGCAAUGGACAUUGACAAGAAAAAGAAGCGCAAAGACAAGAAGAAGAAGGAGAGAUUUAACCCAUACUAG